UAAUAUAUUUCACGCUCGGUCGAUCCCAAGAUCCACUUUCUUCGCCAAGCUUCCGCGCUUUUUUCUCGACGACCGUUCUCCAGCGGGAGGAAAUCGUGAUUCAAAGCUUAGUUCACGAAGUAUAAGUCGAUAUCUUCCGUCUCGAUCGGAGUAUCGAUAUCGGCCGCGACGGGCGCGAACCGCGCGACCUCUUCCCCAUCUUUUCGUCCGUUUGUGGCCCGUUUUGGAGGCUCGGCAAUUGUCGGCAUCGUCGGCGAUCCAAAUAAUCCUCGCGCGCGUUUAGCGGCGCGCGGUGCGACACUUUUGGAUGCGUUGGUCUUCGCACCGGUCAGCACCGCGGUGUUAUCGAGUCAUUAUCGGGCAACGAGGUAUAGCUCGAUCUAUCCGUCGGAUAUUGGCUACUCUCGUCUUCUCUGGCCUUCUCGCUCCGAGUUGUUCCGCGGCGGACUUCAGUUGGCAUUCCGUCCGCCGCUUGUAGGUCGACGUAAGCGGACGUAGACACUCGUAGGAGUCAUAGGUAACCGAGGAACGACGACGUCGUCUACUCGUGGAGCUGCACUGUGCUGCACCCUGCUGUACCCUUCUUUUUUUUUUCUUUCUCUGAUACGUGUUCACCACCGCGUGUCCUGAGACUCCUGGGGUGCAAAAAGUGCGAGCGAGUCGAUGAAAAAGAGUCCCCUCCUAAGAAGCUUCUUGGACUGUAAGAUUACUGAGCUACCGUUUAACAGCUGAAAUCGGCGAGCUGAAGAAGAAGAGAGAUCGGACAAACCCACCUGUGAUCUCCCUAAGAUCUCCCUUUCGGAAAUUCAGGCCUUUUAAGAUCUCCCUACAUCCUGCGAUCCCAACGAACGUCGUCAUAUUUCUUUCCCUCCUCGACGCGAUGGAUAUCGACGCCGACACCUGUUUCAAGGAAUGGAACGAUUUGGCGCAGGACUACAAAGAACUCGAGGUACUAAAUAGGGAGUAUCUUUUGAAAUUAGAAGAAAUUGGCGAGCUGCAAGCAAAAUGUGUCAAAGGUAUUUCCCAUCAGAAAUAUCGGAUGGGUGUGAUAUCCAAGUCCUUAAAACAGCUAAAUACAAAAGAAAUGCGAGAAUUACAAAAAUCUAUGAUGAGGAGAGAACAGCAGCUCAGGGAGAUUGAGCAAACGUUACCUAAGUCAAACGGCAUUUACUUACAAAUUAUUCUAGGCAGUGUUAAUGUGUCAAUAUUAAAUAAAAGUGACAAAUUCAAGUAUAAAGACGAAUAUGAGAAAUUCAAAUUAGUACUGUCGGUAAUUGGAUUCGUAUUAUCUGUAUUAAAUCUGUUUACCAGUUCCAGAACCUUAGAACUUAGUUUUAUGUUUCUUCUCGUUUGGUACUAUUGUACGUUAACGAUAAGAGAAAGUAUACUCAAGGUAAAUGGAUCAAGAAUUAAAGGAUGGUGGAGAUUCCAUCAUUUUCUCUCGACAGUGGUAUCUGGUGUUCUACUAGUCUGGCCGAACACUGGACCGUGGUAUCAGUUUCGUAGCCAGUUCAUGUGGUUCAAUGUGUAUAUCAGUGUAGUCCAGUACUUGCAAUUUCGGUACCAACGUGGCGUUUUGUACCGGUUAAAAGCACUGGGAGAGAGGGAUAAUAUGGAUAUCACCAUUGAGGGAUUUCAUUCGUGGAUGUGGCGCGGUCUCUCAUUUCUGCUGCCGUUCCUCUUCGCUGGUUAUUUGUUUCAGCUUUAUAACGCAUAUACGUUAUACGAACUAGCGUACCAUCCAGACGCGACAUGGCACGUACCAGUGCUUAGCGCCAUGUUCCUCGUACUAUUUUUGGGUAAUACCACCACCACCAUCAUGGUAAUUCCACAGAAACUCGUCAAGGAUCGCGUUAAGGAUCAACUGUUCGCUUUUAAACCCGAUCGCAGGAAAGAGGGAAGAACACGAGAUAAGGACAAUAAAGAUGAAAAGAGUGAGUGAAGGAAGAAUUUCGAGUACUUCCAGUUGAUGAAAAGUUCGACUUAAUUACAUGGAAAAUAAAUUGGAGGAAAAAAUUGCAAAAACAAGAUGAAUACGCUACGAAAUGGUGUUGGUGUUGGCUCUAAGAUAUAACAAACAGUACUUUGUUGCGUUUAGCAAUGGAAGUAAUAACACAUACACAUACACGCAUACACGAUGUGAGUAACUUUGAUCACAAAUGAAGAAGUUUCCGUGUAUUUUUAUUUUUACUUUAUUCUUGGAUGAAAAGCCAACAAUAGGCUACUCAACGAAUUUGACGAGUUAGUUUUUUAUAUGAGAAAAUGUAUAAAAAAUAUUGUUUUCUUUUUUAUUUUUCA